AUAAGAAGAGGUUAAGUGGCCAUGAGCAUAGAGCUGGUGGUAAAAGACAGCACACAGUCGUCUGUCUCUCAAUCACUUGUCUGUCUUUAUCCCUACCCCACAACACCGCUGACACAUUUAUAUCUCCGACUCUUCACUCUCCCUCUGUGGUCGCACACCUGAGUUGCAGCAGAUUGAGUUUCACUGUCCUCCUGCCUCGUCUUCACACACUCCCUUCCUUCCAGCCAAUCGGUCUUUCUCUCUUUCCCUCAGUCUCAUCUCUCUCGCCUCCCUCUCUCUCUGUAGCCUAUUUUGUGAACCAGAAAGAGGGGGCUGAUUAGGUUUCUCUCCUCCACAGACCGGCUUAUGUGUGCCUGUCUCCCUCCCCGUGGCCUAGACUCUGGCAGGGUCAGGUUGCUCUGAGCCAGCACCAUUCAGUCCAGGUCACAGAAGACAAAAUGUCUCAAACCUACCUGGUAGUUAAUGGCUCUUCCUGACAAUAUUUCAUGUUUAUCUUAUACUACUCUGUGUGUGGGCAGUGUUUACCUCUUUUCAUGUUGGAGUCAGGCCAGCUAAGCUACAGGUGUGCUCAGAGACUGUCUGGUCUAUUCAUAAUGGGUUACAACCUGUGCCCACAUGAGCUCCAUUGCAGCACCUGACCAUACAAUCCGGGCUGUGGAAGCCCCAUUGAGUGUAAUUAUCUGUAAUUUCCUCCUUUGUGUGCAGCCUGCCUGUAUUUGAUGUCUGUUGCAGUGAUUCCUUCUCUUAUUAUUUAUCAAACGCCUGUUUUGUUUUCAUGUGUUUUUUUCCCCAAGACUGCCUGUCAUCAUUGGGUUAACCCCCUGACCUCUGCCUUUAUCAAACAACAUGCAUAUUCAUGAGGUCCACAAAUUUAAUAGGCUUAAAUCAGAGGCCGUCCAACUACCCCACAUGUCUCUCUGUCUUCUGAAUGAAAUGAAUGACACCUCAGUGUGCAUCCAGUCUGCACUUGUACCAUCAAUCAAUCUGACCUUCUUUUCUGCCUUAUAUAAAUGCUCUUGCGCAUCACAACCAGAGAAAAACACUGAAGGCGGCCUUUUCUCAGUUUCCUUCCUAGAUUUAUCUUUGCUGACAGACGCAAUUAAUAUUUUAGAGGGAGGAUAUUGUAAUCCCAACAGAGACAUGAGCAUUACAAGAGGAAGAGUGAGGUGCCAACAAAAUCUGGUGUCCUCCCUUUUUUUUUUUUUUUUUUUUUGGAGCUAAAACAUGAAGAUGCUUCACGUGUUGCAGGACCACAAAGUUGUAAAAAAAAAAAAAAAAAAAACCCUUGCUAUUUCAGUGAUCCUACAGGUUUAGUAGGUCUCCCGCCAUUCAAGCUCUUCUGCCGUGCACAUUUCAUUUCCGACCCCUGCUUAGUUUUCCUGAAACUGGACGCCGGGUGCUAAUUAAUAAAACAUCCAUUGUGUGCUGCUGGCUGAUCACCGGAGCCCUUUCAGCUGUAUAAGUGGUGAAAGGCGACAUAAUCUCCCCAGAACAAGAUCUGGACUGAGAUUGAGGCACACACAGUUGAGAAAGGCAGACAGUAAGGAAGACCACAAACCCCCUUUGGGGAGCAGCAUGUUCAAGCCCCAGCAGCACGGAGAGCUUCUCCUGCGCGAUUCCCCGCCGGUGUUUGGGAAGCCGUGGUACUGGCAGCGCAGCAGCAGCACCAUGGAGAGCACCCGCAGCCUGGCGCAGGUCAUCAUGGAGAUGCGCGAUGAAAUCAAGAAGCUGGAGGCGGAGAACCGAGAGCUGCGGGGAGACUACGGCCAGCGGUCAUUUGGGGCCGUGCCAGGAGAAGGCAGCCCGGCGUCUUCGGCGGCAGAGCAGCGGGCGGGGAUUGAGGAAAACCCUUAUGUGAACCUGAGGCGCAAUGCGUCUGCGCCAGUCCUGGAGGGACAAUACAAAGAGAACGCUGUCAUGACUGUCCGAAGGUACUCUAUAAGCUCCAACCUGUCUGGGGUGACCAUGAGAGAGGGAAGGACUGGCAGAGCACAGCAGAGCGACACUGGAUGGGGUAGACUACAAGAGGAAAUCCAGCAUGGGAGCGGCAUGUUCGAAAACUCAGCCAGAGCAGAUGUGGGGAAAGUUACCAACAGGCACUCUCUGCAGGAAUAUGUACACAAAAACAGGACCAAGGUAAAAACUGUCACAUUCCUUCUACCUGUGGAUGACAUUUACACCAACCGGCCGGUUCUGACUAAGCACCAGGAGGAGCCUAAAAUCACCGAGUUGGCUUCCAUAACUGAGACAGAUUCUUGAGAAGCAGAACUUUGUUUUAAAGACUUUGGCUGCGGCCAUGAGACAAAAUGCACACAUGAACUAAGCCUCUGUGGCCUCAGAACAGGUUAGCCUCUUCAUUUAGGUCAGUGUAGACUGGGCUCUUACUGAGUGAGCCAGCAGACCGAUUUUAUCACACCUGACCACACAAACAGAGGCCUCUGGUUACAGGUGUUGUUUUCAUCUGGCCAUGGCAAUCCAGGCCCGGUCAACAGUGAUGAGACACAGGGCCCUCUGCAGUGGGGAUCAGAUGUCUGGAUUCCUCUCCCAACCGUGGGGUGUCGUUUCUGGAGUGAGACGCUCACCUGUAGGUAACAGCUCUUUUAAGGACAGCUGUGGUCACUGACUCAGGCCUUGUGAGCAACAACACACCUAUUAUUUAUUCAUCUUUGUUUCUUUUCACAAUGUAAACUUAUUUGAAUUGUGAAGGGGCCGUGUGUGUCUAAACAUCCUGACAGUGUUCCUAAAGAGUGUAUUUUUUUAGUCCAUAUUACAAAGUGUAAUGUCUGCUUUCGUGUUUGGAAGGCUCCUUGUGAAUAUACCAGUGUUUGACAUACUAAUAUGACAAUUAAAGUAAGGCACGUUUAAAUGUCACUGUAAGCUGUUACCUGUGAUAUACGCAGUGUUAUGAAUUGUUUUGACAGAUGUUAAGAAGCUCAACUAUUGUUACAAUUAUACUUAAAUUUCUUAUAUCUCAAUCAUUAUUGUGAGUCAGUUUAAAAUAGUACAGUAAUGUCACAUUUAUGUAUUUAUAAGGCUGGAUACACAGCUGCAUUUUGUUUUUUGAAAAUUCAACUGAGGUAAAGUGGUUCACACUAGUGAAAAGUAGCCGUGAAGUUGCUAUAUUAAUGUUUUGGCAUUAGUUCAAAUAGAGGCACCUGCACACUGAGAAAGACGUUAGCCAAAACGUUACUUUUCUGCAUUACAAAUUAAUGAUACAGCAAAUGAACUAAAUAAGAUUGAGUGUGUUUAUUCUUCACCAUAUUGUAUGAAAACAAUUGAUCUGAUCUGAAAUGAUCUGAAUAUUUGUACCUUCUGUAAUCACAAGAUGUAUUGUCAAUCACUGAUAGGGCAAAUGCAUUUAUUAUUCAGUAUGACAGACAGAUACAUGAGCAACAAGCAAAGCAUACACUACAUCCAAAGUAUCACAAUCAACGGAAACAUCAACAAUGCAGAGAAUCUAGCAAUCUGAUGUAGUACACGGUGAGAAUGAAAAAAAGCUGUUUUGUUCAGCACUGGCACAUGUUGAUAAAUCAUUUAUAGUCUGCCAUACAGCAAGUAAUUACCAGCUCACAGGACCACACAAAACCUGGUUAGGGUGUGUUUGCUUUGAUUGUUGGUUUCC